CAGCGCCUCUGAUUACACACAGCUCGGACGCCUCUCUCACUCACUGCUCCUCCUCCUUCCCUCACUUCGUCGCUGUCACCUCACUGUGUGUGCGUCUCCCUCCCUCCUUCACGGGCCCUCACUCGCCCCACCUCACACACCUUUCCUCACUCAUCUCCAGUCUCAGAUUUCAACCCAAUCCGCCGUCGAGAUUGUACAAUUUCAACCGAAUUGCCGAUCGGAAUCGUGGUUGCGGGCGGCAGGGUGGUUACCUGGAGCGCGAGUCAGUGCAUGAUGAAGGUAGCGUGCAUGGUAGUGUCCGUUGCAGUGCUCCUGCUACUGUCUCCUGCGCCGCUCCUCGCCUCGGACCUCCUGUUGCUCACGCCCUUCGGCUCACGGUCCGUGCGUAGUUUGUUCUCGGUGCUGACGGAGGGGCUGGUGGCGCGGGGACACACUGUCACCCUAGUGUCGAGUGGGGACCCCGUCCCGUCUCACCCUAAUGUCACCCAUGUGCUGUCGCCCCAUUCCGCGCUCGACCACUUGGAUUUGUUCGAAGUGCGUGAGGACGGCGCGCUCUUCCGCCUGUGGAUGAAGAUCUUCCCUGCCAUGGCCCGGGAGCUAUACUCCGACCCCAAAGUCAUGGAUCUCUGGCACGAUAGACACAAAUUCGACGCAAUUAUCAUUAACAGCGCAGCAAACGAAAUGGCGUUUCCCUUCCUGUUGGAUAGGGUGGCGCCGUUCAUCACCCUGGCCCCAGUGGGCACCGAGCCGCUGCAGCUGGCAUAUCUGGGCAACGUGGUGUCCCCGGCCGUCCUGCCCUCCGUCAUCGUGUCCUACGACAACACCCUCACCCUGUGGGAACGCCUCGUCAACACCCUCGCCACCGUAUUCAUCCGGUACUCCUUCCGACGAGUCGUAGGAAGUCCGCUUGCUACCGCUCUCAGGGACACAUUUCCGGAACUUCCAGAUCCCUUUGAGCUGUACCCUCAGCAGGCGCUGGCGCUGCUGAACCAGCACCACCUGCUGGAUGGUUCGGUGCCCCUCCUGCCCAACCAGGUGGAGGUGGGCUGCAUGCACUGUCGUCCUGCCGGCGCUCUGCCUCCCGAGCUGGCGGAGUGGCUGGACGGCGCCGGAGAGGCUGGGGUGGUGUACUUCAGCCUGGGGUCCUUCCAGCAGACCUCCAGGAUCCCCCCGAGGUAUAAGGAGACACUCCUGAGGGCCUUCGCCACCCUCCCUCACCGCGUCCUCGUCAAGUUCAGCGACACCGACCUCCAGCUGCCUCCCAACGUCCGCUCCUUCCCCUGGCUGCCCCAGCAGGAUAUUCUUGGUCACCCGGCGACGAAGGCCUUCGUGACCCACUGCGGGAAACACAGUGCCGCCGAGGCGGUGUACCACGGGGUGCCGAUGGUGGGCCUGCCCAUCACCUUCGACCAGCCCAGGACCUGCGCCAGGCUGGCCCGCCGUGGCGAGGGCCUCGUCCUCCAGUGGGAGCACCUCACACCUCGCGCCCUCGUCGACGCUGUCCACACCGUCGUCAAUGACACCAGGUACCUGGAGCGUGUGCAGAGCUUGUCGCGACGGCUGAAGGCGCAGAAGGAGACGGGGCUGGAGAGAGCAGUGUGGUGGGUGGAGUACAUUAUCGAACAUGGCAAUGACUACCUCAGGUUCUCAGGUGCAGAUCUGAGCUUGGCACAGUACUUGCUGCUGGACGUGAUAGCCAUCAUAGGAGCCGUCGCCCUCGUCAUAGCUGUGGUCUUCUUCUUCUUGGGCAGAGCCAUUUUGAAGAGAAUUUGGCCCUCGAGUAUUGAAAAGGCUAAGCUGCAUUACAUUGCUACUGAGAAACUCAAGAAAUGGCUCAAAUACCUCAAACUCAAGAAAUGGCUCAAAUACCUCAAACCCAAGAAAAGAGUGAAGUACCUCAGAAAUACAAGAAAGACUGAAACACCUGGAAUACACAAGAAAAGGUUGAUAUGCCUCAAAUAUAUAAGAGAAGGCUGAAAUGCCUCACAAACACAAGAAAAGGCUGAAAUACCUCAAAACACAAGAAAAGGCUGAAAUACCUCAAAACACAAGAAAAGGCUGAAAUACCUCAAAACACAAGAAAAGGCCGAAAUACCUCAAAACACAAGAAAAGGCCGAAAUACCUCAAAACACAAGAAAAGGCUGAAAUACCCCAGAAAUGCAAGACUAGACUAAAAUACCUCACAAAUACAAGAAAAGGCAGAAAUACUUGUGAAUAUCCGAACACAUGAAGUCUUUAAUUUAAGGGACUGUUCCAUUUGUCAAUGUUUUUCUUGUGCAUAUAUAGAUUUUUUUUUUUUUAGCAGGAAAACAAAACUGUUGUAAUGAUUUAAUUUUUGUGGAGACUAUUCGUUUGGGAAUUAUCAUUUGUAGUUUAUACAUUUUAAGAAAAAUUAUAGGACAAUAAAUACUGUAGUAUAUAUUAUAUAUCCAUGAAAUAUGAAGGCAAAAUUGGCUGUGUAAUAUAUGCAGUUUACCAAUUUUUUUUUAUCACAGGUCUAAAAGCAUUACCUCAUUGUUAUUUAUAUAAAAGUCUCCAACAAUAUACGUAACGUAAUGUAAUAGAAUGUUUUAUGUUUUGUGAUGAGAGGAACAAUUAGAUGCUUUCACAAGGAGGAACUUUUUAAACCUGCAACUUAAGAACAAGAAGUCCAUAGAUUCAAGCUAAGGAAACAAAAGAUGAUGAAACACACACAUCUCUGUUACUGUCUUCAUUAUAGGUAGUACAUCACACACACACACACACACACACACACAUAUAUACCCCCCCCCCCACACACACACACACACCCAUUACUAUACCAAUUACAGCUUGUACUGUACCUCACACACAUACAUCUAUGUUACUAUACCCAUUACAACAAGUGCAUGGCAUAUACACACAUUUCAAUCUUUUAUGUAUCUAUACAUUGUAUUAAUACAUUUCUCUUUACGAAGAUGCUUACCUCAGCUAAACUAUUCUAUACGGCUCUGACCAAAAUUUCUGAUGUUGUCUCCACAUUUAAUUGUGUAAGCAUUUACAGUAGUACAAAAUAAAACAUUUGUAUGCAAGAUGCUACCACCAACAGCAUUGCUAUUUUCAAGUUCAGUUUGCCUUUUUGCCUGUUUUUUUUUAUGUUAUCCUAAUAAUAGGUCUGUAUUUAAAUUUAUUUUAUUUAAAAAAUAUACAGAAGAACAUGAUACAGUGGUUAAAUCAGAAGUUACAUAUAUGCACAUUUAAUAAAGCCACUUGUAUGUAAAGAGAGCAGGUAUGCAAAAUACUUGUGUAGUGUUUUACUUCUAAUGAUAUGUGACAUAACAUGUGCCUUGUAGGUUAAGAUCUAGAGAUGGCAGGCUGUGAAGGAGUAAAUAAUGUACCAACUUUGUAAUAAUGCUCAAGUACAGUACUGCACAUUGCUCAGAGUGAGUGCACAGGCAGCUCAAAACGUUAGCAUAAAUUAAAAUGUUGUUUUGGUUUUAAUCCUUAAACUGCUAAAUUAAAGCAUACUUUAAACUAAUCAAUUAUAUAAGAAAUUAUCUUUGCAUAUGUACUUUUGUAUGUUCAUAAAAACUACAGGCAUCUGUUUUUGGUUAAAAAAAAUUUCCUAAGCAUAACUAAACUUGACUAAUUUCCACUACCUCACUGAUUUUAAAUGUAGUUAACAAAGUAUGUCAUCUACCAUAAAAUGCUUAUAAACAUUACUAGCAGCUUAAGGGUUAAGCUCAGUAGAUUUUUACUAACACAUUUUGUGGCAACUUGUUCUAUAUACUGGUAAACAAAAUACUGUAUUAUUAUUUUGUACUAACAUUGUUUUCCAAGUCAAAACAAUAAAAUUUGUAUCUUCA